AUGGCGCAUAAAAAAUCUCUAGAGGCAUUAGAUCGAACAUUGCAAGAUUUACGUGAUAAUCAACAACCAUUUGGGGGUGCACUUAUAUUAUUGACUGGCGAUUUUAGACAAACCUUGCCAGUCCUAUCACGAUCAACACCAGCAGAUGAACUAAAUGCGUGUUUAAAGUCAUCGCAUUUGUGGCGAUAUGUUAAAAAACUUUCACUAACAUUAAAUAUGCGCAUACAAUUGCAAAAUCAUGCAUCAGCCCGUUUAUUUGCACGUCAAUUAUUGGAUAUUGGAAACGGAAAAAUUGCUACGGACAAUGUAACGGGACUCAUCACAUUGCCUGCAGAUUGUUGUGUGUUGACAGAAUCAAAAGAAGCCUUAAUUUCAAAUGUAUAUCCCGAUAUUGAGCGCAAUUUUACCAAUCACCAAUGGCUAAGUGAUCGCGCUAUAUUAGCAGCCAAAAACAAAGAUGUUAGCGAUAUUAAUGUUGAUAUUCAAAAUAAAAUAAGAGGAGAAAUAAAAACAUAUAAAUCCAUUGAUUGUGUUAACGAUCCUGAUGAAAUAGUUAAUUAUCCAAUUGAAUUCUUAAAUUCGCUUGACUUACCAGGAACUCCACCUCACAUGCUGCAGUUAAAAGUUGGUGUACCAAUAAUUCUAUUACGCAAUUUAAAUCCACCCCGACUUUUACGUCUGGCAUUUGCCAUGACCAUAAAUAAAUCACAAGGACAAUCACUGAAAGUAUGUGGACUGAAUCUUCAUACUCCAUGCUUCUCACAUGGACAACUAUACGUUGGCUGCUCACGUGUUGGUAACCCAUCAUCCUUAUUUGUAUUCGCUCAUGAAGGCAAAACCAAAAACGUAGUUUACCAAAAAGCAUUGCAGUAG